ACUUAAGAAGUUAAGAUCAUGGAUCCCGAGCAACUUGCCCUCGGUUUUAGAUAUAGAUACUUGGCUCAUCUAAAGCCAGUAAAGGGGGGCCUGGAAUAUAGCCUCCUGUGAUAGCCUUCUGUUAUCUGACCUGUGUGGACAACGGGAAAUCUAAUCAGGACGUGGCUCGCGUAGAUAAGUGUCUGGCUCGCAACAUGAGUUGGGUUCUUAUAGAAUUCUCCGACCACUGCUUGUAUUGGGGCACGUAGUCGUUGCUACUUCUCGCCAGCAACGCGGCCCCAAUCAAGAAGCCGUCCGGGCCUCGCAGAGAAAAAGGCUGGGAGAGGGGCUGCCACGAAUCAUUCUGCGCCAGGAUGCUGGCAUCUAUCGUUUCGCCGGCCACGUCAACGGGCUAAUUACUGUAGGUAAGGGAAGGGGAGGGGGUUUGGCUAUGGUGGGAGGUUGGGCUCUUACCCUCGAGUUUCUACUGCCUUCUACCUACCUACCUACCUACGUCCGGGCGUGCGAGGGCAUAUCGAUUAAUACUGCCACCGCCCGACUGUGGUAUUAAUUCUUCGCAGGACUUGGAGUCGACCGAAAUCGCACGAUGGGAUCCUUGGGGACUCUCUCUAAGCCCCUGCAGGCACAGCCGGGUAGCAGUGCGGGAGUCUGGGGCCCUCCGGGAGCCGACGUCAGCAGCAUCAUCGCCAGCGCCGCGAACCAGCCCGAGGUGCUCGUGGACUACCGGAUCCUGUACGAGGUGCACGGCAGCUUCGACCCGUGGGACACGGACAACGCCAGCUUGGUGGUGAUCGCGAUCGACCCUUUCCCGACGGACCGAGGACGGCAGUUUCUGCGGCUCAGCGUGCGGGUGUCGGCCUUGGCCGUGCCAGACGAGAAUGUACAGGGAGACGGCGCUCGCAGGAAUGACGUGGUGAGGAUCGAGGCGUUCGAGCCCUCGUCGCGAGAGCAGCCCGUCUACGUCUGGGCGACCAACGAAGCACGCAGGAGCCUCGCCAGCCUGCAGCCGGGGGCGUCGCGGGAGAAACCAUCGACGGCUCACACGUCUAAGCCCGAACGGACACAUAUGCUGCGCGUGAAGAGCGGGUGGGAGACCGCGAACAACGGCUACGGGUACGCGUCGUGGGAGGUCUCGGCGGCGGAAAAGGCCCGGGGGAUAGGCGACUCGUUCACCGUGGCGGUGCUGGUGAGGCGGCCGUCGGGCGCGCGCUUCCGGCUCGCGCUGGCGGUGAACGGAGACGCCGGCACGUUCUGCAGAAAGGCGCUGGAAUUCCUGCCUUCGGACCUGAGCGAGGAGAGGCCCUGGGUCACCUCGGGGACUUUCCCGUCCAGCGCCGCGGGCGGCAAGGUCCCGCGCGGCGUCUGUGCGGGGGACUUGCAUCACGCGCUGCUCGACAACGCGCUGGAGGUUCUCGAAGAGAUCGGGCUGGUCGACCCAGGUGAGUCCGGAUGCGGGGCGCUUGCUUGCUUGCCAGCACGGCUCCGAUCCACGCGGCUCCGAUCCACGAUGACAAUGUCAACGCUGACAACCGGCCCCCAGCCUUCCCAGCGGCCCACCUCGCGGUCUAUGCAAGGGAAAGUGGCACAGUAGCCAGAAUCGAGAAGCAGCUGCAAUCGCUAGCCAUAUUCAUGAAGGACAAGAUCACCAGAGAGAUGGCUCGAGGCUCGGGGGCGAGCGCGGGAUGGCAUCAGGAUAUGAUAAGUGUAAUCCGGGACUUCAAGUGG